CUCAAAAAGUCUGCUAGUUCUAAGGAAGUCAGACAUUGGAAAGAGUCAGAAAAGGUUAAACAAGCAAGGAAUAAUCUCUUAAAUAGAAUGGACAAAGAUAACUCAAAUUCACCACAUCUAACGUAUGAUCAAGCUGAAAUUUCGUUCUCAAAGAUAUAUGAGCGCAUGAACAAAUGGGAAUCUGAUCCAAUUGUGCAAAAAUGGCUUGAAUACGAAGAAAAUACAAAAGAUAAUAUGAUAGAACAUAAUGGUAUUACAGAAAAUUAUGAUAAUGAAUUAUUUUAUGAAGAGUUUAUAGAUCAAGAGGAUAAUGUAGAAGAUAAUAUUAGUAUUAAUAGCGAAGAUAGAAAGGAAAAUACAGAAAAUACAGAUAGUGAGAAUGAUGAGAAGAUAUCAUCAAAUAAGGAUGAUAGUAAAUCUUGGGUAAUUUGUUUAUUAUUGGUGACGGAAGUGAUUGAGGAGGAAAAUGAUGAGGGGAUGAUUCCUUUGAUGAGAUCUGUAAAACAUAAGUUAUCAUUGAAAGAGUUGCAAUACCAAAUUGAAGAUUGA